AUAAAAACGCUGCAGAUAUUUUUCUCCGCCUCCUCGCUUCCCUUUCCGAGUCGCCCGAAAAGACGAGACUACCCCGCUCCCCGGAAAGUCAGAGUGGGGAGAAGAGGCGGCUUACGGGCUUAGCGCAUCGUCAUCGCACCUCUACCCACCGGCGGAGCCAGACCACCACAACCAGCGAUGGCGGUGGCGGAGCUGUGGGAGACGCUGAAGCAGGCGAUCGUUGCGUACACGGGCCUGUCGCCGGCGGCCUUCUUCACGGCCGUCGCGGUGGCGGCCGCUCUGUACCACGUCGUGUCGGGGCUCUUCGCGGCCCCGCCGCCGCCGCCGCCGCGCCCGCGGGAGGAGCCCGAGGCGGAGCCGCUCCCGCCCCCCGUGCAGUUGGGGGAGGUCUCCGAGGAGGAGCUCCGCCAGUACGACGGCUCCGACACUAAGAAGCCGCUCCUCAUGGCCAUCAUGGGCCAGAUCUACGACGUCACCCAGAGCAGAAUGUUCUAUGGACCUGGCGGACCUUAUGCCCUAUUUGCUGGUAAAGAUGCCAGCAGAGCCCUAGCAAAGAUGUCCUUUGAGCCACAGGAUCUUACUGGCGACAUCUCUGGCCUAGGCCCAUUUGAGCUUGACGCCCUGCAGGAUUGGGAAUACAAGUUCAUGAGCAAGUAUGUGAAGGUUGGUACUGUCAAGAAGACUGUCCCUGUUGAAGACGGCAGCACCGCAAGCACGGCCCCUGAAGCCAGUGAGGCCACCACUGAGGCUGAGAAGGCACAGACAACCGAAGAGAAGCCAAGGGAGGUAUCUGCGGAGGCGGUAAAGGAGAAGGAAGCCCCAUCUGAUGAAGGUGCCCAGGAAAACUAGAGCUUUUCAGAGCCUCCUGUGUAUGCAGCAAUAAUUCGACAUGGUCCCAUUCGGUUCGUGUCUGGGCCCUGCUAUCCUCUCGUAUCAGCAGCAUGGCCUGUGUAAUUGGAUAUGUCAUCUGUACCAGCGCCAUGGCUCUUGAGGUCCUGGUGCUUUAUAUUGUUAUUAUAGCUGUCGUUGCAGAUUUUAAGACCAGAUUGUGCGCCCCUUGCUCUGUUUGAUCGGAUAAUCGGUGCUCUUUUUAAAUGAGUUAUUUUAUUUGUACGUCAGAAA